AUGAGCAGCCGAAGCCCAGCCAGGCUCUUGGACCUUGCCAAGCAGAGCCUGCUGCAGAACGAAGCCUUGGCCGUUGCCUCUCUGGAGUCACUGCCCACGCAACUCUUCCUGCCCUUGUUCCUGGAGGCUGUUGCUGGGAGACACAGCGAGACUCUGAAGGCAAUGGUGCGGGCCUGGCCCUUCAGCCACCUUGCCCUGGGGGCUCUGAUGAAGGCUCAGCAGCCUCAGCAGGACAUCUUAAAAGCUGCGCUGGAUGGGCUCGAUGACCUGCUUGCCCACAAGAUCCGCCCCAGAAGAUGGAAACUGCAAGUGCUGGAUUUACGGCUGAAUGCGAAUACCAACUUCUGGAACGUAGCGCCUAGAACCUGGGACUGGUCCUCCGUGCGCUCGUUCGAGGAGCCGGAGGCCGCCCAGCCUAAGACGAAGAGGCCAAAAGUGGACGACUCAAGGAAGGAGGAGAAAGAGCUCUUGGCCCCUGUGCAGGUGCUCCUAGAAGACUUUUGUCUCCAGAAAGCCACCCCCGAUGAAUUCCUCACCUUCCUCAUGAAGAGGGUCAAGCAGGGAAAAGGUCUGCCACAGCUGUGCUGUAGGAAGCUGGAGUUUCUUGAUAUGCCACUCAGACACAUUCAGAAGAUCCUGAGAAUGGUGCAGCUGGACUGUGUCCAAGAGGUGGAAGUGAAUGGCCACUGGGACCUGCUCACCCUGGCCAGCUUUGCUCCUCACCUCAGCCAGAUGGUGAAUGUGAGCAGACUGCGCGUCUCUCACAUCAUGACGAUCUCCUUCAUUCCCUGGGCGGCGGAGGGAGUGGACAAGCUACUUUCCCAGUUCAGCGCUCAGUUGCUCAGUCUGCACCAGCUCCAGGAGCUCCACCUAGACUCUAUCUUCUUCCUGGAAGGCCGCCUAGACCAGGUGCUCAGCCACCUAAGGUACCUGAAUUUGAGUGAGGUCAACAUGAUGGCCUUAAGUCCCGAGUUCCUCCAAGUUGUGCUAGAGAGAGCCUCAGCCACUCUCCACCGCCUGGCAUUAGAUGGGUGCGGGAUCAGGGACUCCCAGCUCAUGUCCAUCUUGCCUGCUCUGGCCCACUGCUCCCAGCUCACCAGCUUCAGCUUCCGUGGAAACCCAGUCUCCGUGGCGGCCCUGCAGAGCCUGCUGCGGCACACCGUCCUGCUGAGCAAGUUCAGACUCGGACUUUUUCCUGUCCCUCUGGAGUGCUAUGUGGGCCUCCAAGGCACCGUCGACCUGGGCAAUCUUCGACGCUCUCUGGCCGAGCUGAGACUGAUACUGCAGGACUUAGGGCGGCCCAAUUCGGUCUUAUUGUUCAGCGACAGCGCCUGGACCUAUGAUGUGAUUCUCCUCUAUUGCGUGGCCUGA